GAGCCGCGCGGCCUGCUGGCCGAGCAGUCGGACGCCUGCUUCGACCAGGUCUUCGCGGUCAACCUGCGCGCGCUCUUCCAGGCGAUGAAGGCGCAGGUGCGCCUCAUGCUCGACCAGGGCGGCGGCGUGAUCGUCAACAACGCCUCGGUCAGCGGCGUGCGCAACCCCAAUCCGGGCUUCGCGCUCUACAGCGCCUCCAAGGCGGCGGUGAUCUCCCUGACCCGUUCGGCGGCCAUGGAAUACGCGGCGCAGGGGCUGCGCAUCAACGCGCUCUCGCCGGGCCGGAUCGUCACCCCGAUGAUGCUCGGCGCCAAGCUGGCCGACCCGGAGGCGGUGGGCCAGAGCCUGCCGAUCAAGCGCAUGGGCCGGCCCGAGGAGGUGGCGGACGCCCUGCUCUGGCUGGCCUCCGACGCCGCCGCCUUCGUGGUCGGGCAGAACAUCUGCGUCGACGGCGGCUUCCUGGCCGCCUGA